UCAUAUGACUUCAGUCGAUGAAAAUGAAAGCUGGGUGCAGCCAGCUGAAACCUGUGGUGCUUAUUUUGAUCUUUAGUCUCUGUUUUUACGAAAGUUUUCAGCAGACUGAGCCGCAGGUAUGUGAGCUCUGUGGUGGGUCUGUCCUCAAUGUCUCUGGGACAGUGGGACAGUUUUGUGCCUCCGCUGGUCGGAUCCAGGGGCGAUGCUGCCUCGGCAAUAACACAAGUGGCCCUGAACACAUCAUUGGGUAGGACUUCAAUGAUGCCUUCAAGUUUGGAUCUGUCCAAUUGUUCACUGACUCAAGUGGAGGAUCUGCAGAAUGCCUCAAAGGCACUGAUAAUAGACCUCUCACUGAACCCCAUGGUCAACAUCAGUGACGCAGUGUUUCAAGGAUUUAUUCAGCUCAAUCAACUGAUUCUACCACCAGUGAUAUCUUGUCCUGGAGGCAACGCUUCCUGGGAAAAGGUCGAGGCCAAAGAGGGAAACCGUGUUUGUGAAGGCCAGAGAGAUUUGUGCAAUCAGACCGGACAGCUGUCCAUCGAAUGCCCAGAGAACUCCCUUUGUGGUCCCAAUGGUCCUGGCUUCUUCGAGUGCAGCUGUGCUGACAAAUACCAUGGAUACAAGUGUCUCAGAGAGGGGGAGUUCCCGUCCCUCCAGGUGUUCGUGCCUCUCGGAGCGUCCACAGUUGUCCUCUCUCUCGUCUUAUGGGUCACCCAGAGGCGGAAGGUCAAGCCACUCUGAGGCUGCUGGACCGCAGCUGACUUUUUAAUCUGCAAUGAUCGACUGAGCUGAAACUGACUGUUCUAAAAGGGAAAACUGACACAUCAUGGGGUACAUCACUUUUAUUUUACUCCUUGUGAGGAGUGGCAACAUUUUAUCCAGGGACAAUCAGAAUGACUGCGCAGUUUUAGAAGGGAAAUGAAUGAAUCCUCAGAGUUUUAAGUUGUUUAAAUUUAUUUGCAGUAAUGCUGCUGUUGAUUUAAAGAUUUUCAAAUCCAGUGAAAAAGGUUGUUUUUAGAGAAUUCUUAAUAUUUGUUCACUGCGCCAAACUGAAGUCCACUCAAUGAAGCUUAAUGUGUUCAUCGGAAGGAAAUCAGUAGUUUGGCAGUGUUUACAGCAUGACAAACUUCCAUCAAAGCAAAUCCAUAACCAGUGAAUCAUGAUGAGAACCACUGAAAAUCUGAGUCCGAUUUUAAUUAGUCCAUUUUUAAGUUAUUUAAACACAUGAAGUUGUCGCCUGCUGUUACAAUUUAAUGCACGUUUCACCUUCUUUCCACACUCUGCCUCGCUGUAUCCUUCAUCCAUCAUCACCAAACUGGAAAACGUCCUCAUGUUGACGUGCAGGUUUUGAUGCUUCCUGCUGGGAUUCAAUAUGUAACACAAACACACGUCGCUUUGCUUGAGAUUCAUCUUGACAUAUGCAUCUCUGUAAUGAACCAGUAAACUGAAUAAUAACAAUAACUGAUGCUUCAACUACUGACACUCCUAUUUGAUGAAAUGCUGCUUUUUGAAGUCUUGUUUUCUCUCUCGUGUUCUGAUUGUGCCAAACUGAAAUUUAAAGCAUGCGGGUAUCUGCUGUUGAUUGUUUUGGACAUGACAAUAAAUGAUCUUUGAGCUCUUUUGCCAAAUAA